GUGGGAAAUCAGUCUGCUAGCUAGCGUUGUCUCAUUUAUUUUACCAAACUGCUUGUGGCGGAUGACAUUAGUUAACUUUAAAUUGCCUGGUUUUCUUAUAAGGUAAGUCUUGUGUUUUACAGCAUUAAACGGCCUGAUUCAGGUCUUGUAUAUUGGACAUAUCUGUUUCAAGCAACACUUUCCUUUUUGAGAAUGUAGUUCACAUAAUAUACAUAUUUGUAGCGAUAUGCUAGCACUAUAUUUGCAUUCAUAAACUAUUUAAGCUAGCAGUAAGUUAUAGCUAAUGCUAUACUUUGCAGUAACAUUAGGUUUUAAAUUUCACCUUUGAACUGUUUCAGGUGAUAUUAUUAGGCCAUUGGCUUGCUAUAUCUGUAGCAAUAAGCUAAGUUAGCAGUUGCAUUGGAUUUUAAACUGUUGUGAGCUGUUAAAAGUCAUUUGACUUCUUCAUAAAUUUAGAUAAAUAUACUAUGUAAACUAUUACGUACAGCAAACUUUUGGUUUUAACUGGGCAAGGUUUGAGAUGUUUCAGAGAUGUCACCUGAAUACAAUGUAAUGUUAGGUAUGAAUAGAAAUUUGUUUGUGGUGCAUUAAAAAUUACAUUUUAGAAUAACAAGUGUCCCAGUUAUUUCGGGUAGACUUUGCUUCAGACAAUAAUGUUUGCAUUAGUUGACAAGCUUAACUAAUGCUAAUUUUCAUUUAGUUUUCAUUUGGACAGAACUAUUGCUACUUGCAAAUCCAUAUUAUACUUUCUGUGCACAGUCUAUAUCGCCUAAAUUUAGUCAAUAAAUGUAAAGGAUACUUAAAAUAUUUAAGAAAGGACCACACCUGCUGGAUAGCUUUGUUUAUACUGUGAUAAUAUUCUCUUUUUUCAUGAUAUUUGACCACCUCAACACAAUUGGGAGGCCAACGUCAGCCUUAACAUUUGACCUACAAAUUAAAUAUCUGUCCCAUACCCACCAGCCCCUCCGCUCUGCCAAGCUUUGCACCAUCUCACAUGUUCUACUGACCUCAGGUUGGCUAAAAAUGACAAGGGGGCGGGAGCCUAGUAGUGAGUGGGCAGACAGAUCACCAUGCAGCUGUCAUUGUAAGGCUUGCUGGGCUGUGACUGUCAUUUCCCCCUUCGGACUGACUGGCAGAGGUAGGGGGAGAUCAUGAGUGGGGUGGAUUAGCUCAUGGGACAAGGAAGGGGGGGCACUGUGCAACUUUCUGGACGGGACUUGAUGCUUGUAUUCAAUCCGAAGCAAAAACAAGAACAGAUUUGAAGGCUGCGGGGAAUAAAGAGGAAAUUCACUGAAGAUUCACACACCUUGAUCUGCAGAGAUGUUACACACCACUGGAGACAGGUUAUAAAGGCUUGAAAAGUCAAGAACAUCAGGAAAAGAAGGGCAAAAAGCUGGGGCCGUCACUUCCAAGAGACAAGUCAAGGGAGCUGUUAAUGCAACAUGAUCCAUUGGGUCUUGCCCUAAAAAUACCUCUGGGCAGGAGAGUGGCAGCUUCUUAAUUACCCGGUAAUCAACUAUUUCUUUUUCCUUUUGGACAACAACUCAGGUCAGAGAACAGAAAUUUGAAGAUAAUUUGUCAAUGACAAAUAUGCUUCCAAAUGUUUUAAUUUGUUUUUUAUCGUAAAAGAAGAGAUUAUUUAAUAUUAAAGAAUGUGAUAACCAUGUUAACUUCAUUUUGUAAAGCCUGUUCAUAGACUCUAAUGCCUAGACUGGAUUUUGGUUUAGGUUACAAAGAGGGGGCCCAGUCAUUGUUAUAAUCAUACAAUCCAGGUAGACAGUUACAGAAAUUAGUUCAACCAUGAAAAAAGCUGAGGCGCAAAUGACCCUAAAAAAAGGGGCAGAUGAAGCUAUGGCGCCCCCCAGUCCCAUCAUCCCCCCCAAACGGUCCAAAGCAAGCCCAGAACAACCUGUCCCAGAAUCUCAAGGACCCACUCAUCCCACCCCAAGUCCACCAGUUUUUACACGCAAAAUGAGGAACGCCGCCGUAGGGACUGGCUGUGACAUCCGUCUCAAGGUGACUGUGGUUGGAGACCCCCAGCCCUCCCUGUACUGGUAUCACAAUGAUGAACUCCUCAACAUGGAAAACCAGGAAUAUGGAGGGCUCUGGAUUAGGGAUUGCAAACCCAGUGAUGCUGGCCUCUACACCUGCAUUGCCAAUAAUCACCUGGGAGAGGUUCGGAGCAGCGCUGUACUUGCUGUCUUGGAUCUCGGUGAAGAUUCUGAAACAACAGAGGAUGAAGGUGGAGACCAAUUUGAGACCAAAGAAGAUAGUGGGGAUCUUGAGGACCAGGCUGUGCAUACAGUGAUGGACAAAUGUGCAGAUGAUGACAGUAGAACACAUGGACACGAGGAUCACUCUAACACAACCAGGAGCCAGUCAGACGAUUUUACAAGAGAAUCUCCUCCACAAGUCCUCCCACCUCCAUCCCCAAGACUUGUCAAACGUCCCUCCACCUCUCCAAUGCCAAGUCGCUCCGGUUCAACUACACCUCUCAGCUUGCGGAAAAAAACUGUUGUGCCAACAGAAUACCAAGACACAGUGCCUGCGGAGUUUGAAGAAAAGGUUAAGCAGCCAAAAUCUAUGUCCCAAAGUAGCACCCAGGAUUCCCGACCACAGACUCCACUGAGUGAGUACUCCCGGAAAGAAUUUACUCUCAGACCAUCCCCAAAGCUUACCAGAGCGAGUUCAAAAGUUUUUGAGAAGGUCCGUGAUUUAGAAGAGCGGAGGCGAAGCCUUGAUUUUCCAGAAGGUUCCAUCUCGGGGAGAUCCUGGGCAGGGUUUAAUCGUGCUGGAUCUGUUGAUUCAGAUGAUGGAGGAAGCCGGAUGGGCAUCUCUAGAGAAAGUUCAAGGGAAGAUCUAAGAGAGGCUCUCAAAGAAGAUGCUGCUGAACGGAGAUCUAUGUUUAGACAAAGAGCUGCUUCGCUGGAGGACAAACCUCGCUACUCCCAAAAAGUUCAGGACAUCGAGAAUAAGUUCACUGAGGAGCUCCAGCGUAUUAAAAAACUUGUUGGAAAACCCCAUCUGAAGAAAUCAUUUUCAACUGAACAGCUCACUCUGAGGGCCAAGCAGCGCCAGCCUUUCAGGAAACUUGAACCUAUUCCUCCACAAGUCCUUCAAAAGCUCCAAGAAAGGGAACGUGCUCAGUUGGAAAAGGAAAAGAGAGAAAAGGAACUAAAUCAGCUACGAAUGCAGCAAGGACAGCAAACACAACAAGAACUGCGUUAUUCCCAACCCCAAAAGACAGCAAGCAGUGGUCUAACAACUGUAACAGUCAGUAGAUUUGGAGAGGUUGCAGGCACCCCAGAGUCAUUGCAGUUAUCGGACUUACCAGGACAACGAUCAGUGAGAGAAUUAAGUAGAGUCAGUCCAGUUACAGAAAUCAUUCAGAGAUCAUCAUCACCAGCAUUACACCAACAGCAAAGGGAAGAGUCACCAAGCAGAAAUGUUGCUGACAUGACAUUACGCAAGGUUGAGCGAAGAGCCCCAAGUCCGCUUGUACAAAGGGUAUCACGAAUGCAAGAAUCCCCGCAUGUCCCUGAAUCUCCUGUGCAAACAUCACAAAAAGAUGAUACCUCAGGAAGAAAGACACCAAUAGAAGUAGUAUUAAGAAAAAUUGAAAACAGACCUGAAAGUCCACUGGUUCAAAAAAGGGCUGUCAUUGUGCAUGAUGUCCCUCCUCAAGCUCCCACAAAACAACCAAGAAUGACACCAGUUGCUCCAACAGAGGAGAAAAUGGAGGUGGAGCUCCCCAAACAAGCCUCUAGGAUAAAAAUCCCCACAAUUGUUGUUGAAGAUGAAAAAUUGGAGGAGGAUGUUCCUGUGAAGACAAGUGAACCUAAGCAGAUUACUGUUAGUGGUAAAGAGGGACAACAGCAGAAGACCAAAGGAAGGAACCGUCGUUCACGACCUAUGUCUCCAGAGUUAGAUUCUUCAGAUGAUUCGUAUGUGUCUGCUGAAGAGGACCCAAUGGAGGCCCCUGUGUUUGAGUUUCCCCUCCAGGACACCGUAGCGUCCGCUGGUGCAGAUGUACUACUAAAAUGCAUCAUUGCUGGCACCCCCAUUCCUGAAGUUACCUGGACGAAAGACAACAAUGAAAUCACCAGCAUUGCAAAUUACGCAGUCAAAGUGGAGGGUGAACGACAUAGUCUGCUCAUAAAAUCGGCUAAAGUACAUGAUGGUGGGAAAUACUGUGUCACUGCUGUUAAUCAGGAGGGCAGAGCGUCCAGCAGUGCCAGCCUCAUAAUUAAAGCAGAGCCUGUUCAGGAGCCAAAGGGGAUCCUGGGUGUGCCAAUAGACAUCAGCAGCCCUAUUACAUCUGAUGAGGAGUAUCUCAGUCCCCUGGAGGAAAGCAUGGAUUUUGGAGCACCAGAGCCAAGGAGGAUCCUCGACACACGAUUCAAGAAACCCCCAGCAUUCCUGGUAACAAUGAAUGAUCAAGCUGUCAUUGAAGGACAGGAAGUCACCAUGUCUGUCCGAAUAAGUGGACAACCCAAACCCAUGCUGUAUUGGCUGAGGGACAGAGUUACGGUAAAAACAGGCCCACGUCACAUUGUCCGUGAGAAAGAAGAUGGCACUUUUGAAAUGACCAUUAAGUCAGCAGUGAGAGCAGACUCUGGGAUUUACACCUGUAAGAUCAUUAAUGAGUAUGGGACAAAGCAGUGUGAAGGGACGCUGGAGGUAAAAGUACCACCAGUUGAGCCAGGUCUGGCUGUCAUCCGCCCCGUCAAGGACAUCACUGCCAACGCUGGAGAGACAGUUUUGUUCGAGUGUCAUGUCAUCGGACCGAAGGACACUGAUGUGGACUGGCUUGCAGAUGGGAAACUGAUCCAGCCAGCAUUACUCAACUGUAAGAUGCACUUUGAUGGAAGAAAUUGUCGGCUGCUGCUCAACUCAGUGCAUGAGGACGACAGUGGGACAUACAUGUGCAAGCUCAGCACAGCUAAAGAGGAAGUGACUUCAUGUGGCAAACUCAAAGUCAUCCCCUCCACUGAACCUCUCUUCACUCGCAAGCUGGACGUUCUGGAAGUGAUUGAGGGGCGUAACGCUCGAUUCGACUGCAAAGUCAGUGGGACACCAUCUCCUAAGGUCAUCUGGAGUCACUUUGACCAUCCGCUCACAGAAAGUGAGGACGUUCGUAUUCUGCAGGAGGGUGGCCGCCACUCUCUGAUCAUCUCUCAUGUGACCAAUGAGGAUGAGGGUUUCUACACUGUCAUAGCCCGUAACAGUCACGGCGAUGCAGAGAGUUCUGCUGAACUUUACAUACAAGAACCACGGCCAGCCAUCUCCUCACAGAUGGCUAAACUGGAGAAGAUGCCAUCGAUCCCAGAGGAGCCAGAGGUCCCAGAGAAUGAGGUGGAGCGUUUCACCAUGCCUGACUUCAUCAAACCCCUUUAUGACCUGGAUGUGAUUGAGGGAAAGGAGGCUGUGCUCAAAUGUAAAGUUGCUGGGUUGCCAUACCCCUCCAUUGUCUGGUUUCACAAUGGCAAAAGGAUUGAGAGCACUGAGGACAGAAAGAUGACACAGUUUCGAGAUGUCCACAACCUUGUCAUCCGCUCUGUGCGCCAUGCCCACGGUGGUGUCUACAAGAGCGUCAUCUCUAACAAAGUAGGCAAGGCCACCUGCUAUGCUCAUCUCUAUGUUACAGAUAUCCUGCCUGACCCUCCUGAUGGGACUCCAGUGAUAGAAUCAAUCACUGGUAAAACCAUCACCUUAAGCUGGAAGAAACCAAGGAGGCUGGACCCUUCCAUUGAUCCAAGCUCUUUGAUGUAUGCCAUUCAACAACAAGCCCUGGGCUCCAUCCAGUGGACCAUCAUAGCUUCUGGCCUUAAGGAGACCAUCUAUACCAUCACCACUCUCUCCAAAAGUGUGCGCUAUGCUUUCAGAGUUCUGAGCAUUACCCCCAAAGCCUUCAGCAAGCCCUCAUCUGCCACUGAUCCAGUGCAGCUCCUCGACCGAGGUCCCUAUCUUCAGGAGGCUCCGGUGAUUACUGAUAAGCCAGACAUUGUGUAUGUGAUGGAAAACCAGUCAGUCACUAUCACUAUCACCCUCAAUCAUGUCAACGCUGCCGUCAUCUGGAAAAGGAGGGGAGUGGUCCUGGCCAGCAAGCCAGGCCUGUACGAGAUGACAAUGCCAGAUGACGACCAGCAUAUGCUCAAGCUGCUAAAAGUUAAGAAUGCUGACACUGGAGAGAUGGUGUUUCUGGCCUCCAACAAGUAUGGCAGUGACAGCUGUACCUUCAGUGUGGAGAUGGCAGCUCCACCAACAUUUGAAACCAUAAUGGAGGAUUUGGACGUUUGUGCUGGGGAGACCCCUCGCUUUGCUGUGGUUGUGGAAGGCAAACCCAUUCCUGACAUCCUCUGGUUCAAGAAUGAUACCCUGCUGUCCGAGAGCAGUCAUUAUACAUUUGUGUACGAUGAUAAUGAAUGUUCCUUGGUGAUCCUCAACGCUUCUCCAGAAGACUCUGGGGUGUACACCUGUACUGCUAGGAACUUGGCCGGAUCUGUGUCCUGUAAAGCUGAACUCACAGUUCAUGAAGCUAAACAGAAGGCUGAUCCAAUGGAAGAUGAGGAGACUAUUCUAAGGAAAAUGCGCAGACUGACUGACUACUAUGACAUCCACAAGGAAAUUGGAAGAGGUGCAUUUUCAUAUGUGAAACGUGUGACCCAAAAGGUAGGCAAAAUGGAGUAUGCUGCAAAGUUUAUCUCCACACAAGCCAAGAAGAAGGCCUCAGCUGUGAAAGAAAUGAACCUGCUUUCCAAGAUGGAUCAUGAGAGAGUCCUUUUCUUUCAUGAUGCCUUUGAGAAAAAGAACGCAGUCAUCAUUAUUACUGAACUAUGCCAUGAGGAGCUGCUUGACAGAUUUACACGAAAAUCUACAGUAAUGGAGUCUGAUGUACGUUCGUGCAUAAGACAGUUGCUUGAGGGAGUGGACUACCUUCACCACAUUAACAUCAUACACCUGGACAUUAAGCCUGAGAAUAUCCUCAUGGCAGACCCACAUGGAGAUCAGAUCCGAAUCUGUGAUUUCGGCAAUGCAGUGGAGAUUACACCCGAUGAGGCUCAAUACUGCAAAUAUGGCACACCUGAAUUUGUUGCACCAGAAAUCGUCAAUCAGACCCCUGUAUCAAAAGCAACAGACAUCUGGCCAAUUGGAGUUAUUGCAUAUCUAUGUCUGACAGGAGUUUCUCCAUUUGCUGGGGAAAAUGACCGCAGCUCUGUACUAAACAUCAGGAACUAUAAUGUGGCCUUCGAGGAGAGCAUGUUUGCUGACCUUUGCCGAGAGGCUAAAGGUUUCAUCAUAAAACUGCUGGUAGCAGACAGGCUGAGACCUGAUACUCAAGAAUGUCUCCGACAUCCCUGGUUCAAGACACUUAGCAAGGGGACAGCUAUAAGUACGGAGGCCCUGAAGAAGUUUGUAUCUCGCAGAAAAUGGCAGCGCUCUCUAAUCAACUAUAAAUCAAAAAUGGUCAUGAGGUCUAUACCUGAGUUACUGGACGAUUCCUCCAGCCAUAUCUCCAUCGCCGUCCCCAGGCACCUUAAAGAGGGUUCCCCUUUGCCAUCAUCUUCCUCAGAUUCAGAUGAAGACAUUGAUGAACAGCCCUUCAUUCCGAUGCCACUUAACAUGGAAUUCUCCGGAUCAAGAAAGUCACUGAAUGACAUCCAGACCAAUGAGCAGGAACCAGAGAAGCAGAAUGGAACAAGUAAAUGGUCUGGGUCUCCUGUUCAAGCCCAGGAAGCAAUGGAGUGUGACUCUAAAGAAAUGGAUAAAGAAGGUGUUGAAGUAACAGGUAAAAGCCGCCUACGGAAAAGGGCAUCACAAGACAAUAACAUGGGUUCCUCAGAUGAAGAAUCACCUGCUGAAUUGCCGCAAAAGUCAGAGCUGUCUAGAAAACCCCUGCGAAGGGGUUCUAGCAUGGAGUCAGACAAGCCAGAGGGUGGACGACGAAGAGGACAGCUAAGACGUGGGGGCUCAGCUGACAGUGCCUUGCUGCUCCGGAUUACACCUGAGGAAGGAGCUGGAGAAGCAAACCCAGAGGAUGGCAGGAGAGUUCUCAAGAAAGCUGUCUCUAUGGAACUACCAAGGAGGAGCACCAGCCCAGGAACUGCCAAGAUGAGUCAAGAAGAUUAUGCUCUUAAACUGGAGCUAAUGAGACAGCGACUGCUUCGUGGUGCCUCUGUGGACAACAAAAUGAGUGGACUGAGAGGACCUCUGAUGGAAACAUUAGGAAUGGGGGAUGAAAAAUGUGCAAUACCCUCAGAUCGCUAUUCUCGUACCGCCCGUAUAGGCCCACCUCCACUAACUAGAGCUUCAUCCACUGAGUCCCCAAGGGACGAAGUUCCUAAACCCAAAGUUCUACGCAAAAGUGCUUCUUUCAGUCAAGGUGAUUCAGAACCUAUACCUUUACACAGGCGGUCAGGAGCUCCUCUGGAGAUUCCUCUGGCGCAGGUAGAAGAGAGAAGACUUAAGGAAGCUAUAUCUAUGUCAGCUCUCACUGAGCAAAUCAAGCUAGACUCCCGUCCAGUGACUCCUAGGGACCCUUCACCAAAACCGCCGACUCCAGAGUCUGUUGUGCAGGAGAGUCCCACCAAAACAGAAAGUGAGGAAUCGUUCAUGGAGAGAGAGACAAAGCCUGAUGAGACUAUAAAUGAAAAGAUGGAUGGGUUGACUACAGAUAGUAAUUUUGAUGAGAGAUCGAGCACAAGUGGUUUCUCAGAGAAAGACAUGAGCAUAUCAGAAGAACCAAUGAAUGAGUCAGAGUAUAUGGGCCAGAGAGUUCCUACACCCCCUCUUGUGGUCCAGAGCUCUAAAGAAGAGAAAAUGGAGGAAGAAGUAGAGGCAAAAGUGCAAGAAGAAAAAGAAGAGAUGAUGAAAGAAGAAGAGAAAAGAAUUGACAGUGUUGCUGAGUCAAGUACUAAAGAAAAUGUAGACGUUUCCGAAGAAAAGGUAGAAGAGAAAGUAAAUUUGCCUGCUAAAUCUUCUGAGGUGUUCAUAACCUCAAGCUCAGUCAUGGUGAGACCAACACAAGAAUAUUCCUACUCCCCAGCAAAUGUUGUGUCAACUUAUGUAACACCCUCGCUUCCUGCUCGAGUUGUUCUUCCAGAUGGAAGUACUUCCGCAUAUGCUAGUAUUAUGCAGACCAUCAUGGUCCCUUCACUUCAGCCUCUUAACGAGCCACCUUUAGGCCCCUCUACCCCCGUUACCUUUCCAGCCACCUCAUCAUCUUCAGUAUCAACUGAAACAUUUGUACCCCCAUCUUCACCUUCCAGCAUAUCCCCUGCUUUACCUGAUCCACCAAAGCCAGUCAUUUUGUCAACCACUGAGCACCCUGCUGUGUACUCAAGGGUAGCAUCACCAGAAUUGAUAACAAAAGAGCCCAGUCCACCAAAGACUACCACACAUUCCUCUUCCCAGCAAGAACUGUCAGCAGGAGUUGCCUUUGAGGACAUAUCCUCUGAAGAGGUCUUUGAGGCCCGGUUCAAAAAACGUGAGUCUUCCCUUUCAAGAAGCCUAAAAUUUCUGUCCCGGUCUAAGAAUGAGGACAAAUCACAAGCAACCUCAUCAGACUCUACAGAGUCAGGAGAAGAGAUAUACAGACCUGGGCCAAUAGGUGCACCAUUGGAAUUAGCACAGAGGAGACUUGAGGAGAAAUCAAAGUCAGUCCAGGACCUUCGUGAAGCUCAAAAGGACCAAGGCUUUAUGAGAAGGCUCUCUAUGCGCCUGAAGAGAACUCCGUCAACUGAGCGCAAAGAGGAAAUGACCAAAGAAGAGGAUUCAGCUCCCUCAAGACGUAGGCUUUCUUGGACUCUUGGCCGAAGAGGAUCACAGGAGAAGAAGGAAGUAGAGAUGACACGCAUGGAUGGUGGAGGAGAUACCUCGGUGGAACAACAUGAAAAGGAGGUGAAGAAGCCUAACGAAUCACCGGUCUUGACAAUGCGCCGAAAGAUUGAGUCAACAGUAGCCGGCAUCUCCACCAGAAUUCGCAGCUACUCAGAGGAAAGGAGAGCAUCAGAAGACAAGGAGCCAAAAAGGACACCCAUUUUCUCCAUUCUUCGUCGUGCAACAUCUGAGAGCCGUGCAAUGAAGGGUGCCAGUGUUCCUCAGAACCAGCUGGCAACUCAGGCCAGUAAUGGUGCCUCCUCAGAGUCUUUGGACUCUAUGUCCAGCCUAAAGUCAGAAACGUCCAAGGGUGCCGACGGUGAGCGCAGAUCCCGCUGGGAUCGAUGGGGCCUGACCAGAGGGAGGCGAGACAAGACAGUAUCCCAGCCUGACAUACCAACGGCAAUCUCAAGAGAAAAUAGUUCUCUGCGUUCACGUCAGUACUCCAAACUGGCUUCUGAUUUCCCUCCAGUAUUCCACAUCAAGCUGAGAGAUCAUGUCCUGCUCGAGGGGGAUCCAGUCACACUCAGCUGUCUGCCAGCAGGCAGCCCCCACCCAAACAUCACCUGGAUGAAAGAUAAGAAGCCCCUGGAAAUCGAUGCCAGGAUGAACAUGAUUGCCUGCCCUGAUGGCCGACAGCUACUGAUGAUCAUGCAGACCACCAAAAAGGAUGCAGGGGUCUAUGAAUGUGUUGCAACAAACCCCCUGGCCUCUGUGUGCAGCUCUUGCACAAUCUCUCUUGCUCGUCUGCCCAAUCGUCCCGGGACACCUGAGAUUCCUCAGAAGUAUAACAACACAGCCUUGGUGCUGUGGAGACCCUCAGACACCAUGGCCCCCUGUACAUACUCUCUGGAGAGGAGAGCAGAGGGAGACACCACCUGGCUGAUGGUAGCAACAGGGGUGGCAGACUGUUAUUACAAUGUGGUUGACUUGCCAGCAGGGGGCUCCUUCAGGUUCAGGGUGGCUUGUGUCAAUAAAGCUGGCCAGGGCCCCUACAGCAAUCUGUCAGAGGUAGUAAGCAUGGAUGCUUCAGAACCAGCUAAAUCCAGUGCUACUGUGGUGGUCAAGACUGUCCCUGCCGCCACUCCUCCACCCCCUGUUGUGAUGAUGUCAUCCAUGAAAGUUCCUCCUAUUAAACCAGCUCUUAAAUCCACUACACUGUCAUCUGCCCAACCUGUCCCUCCCUCAACUUCAGCUCCUGCUCCAUCUGUGGCUAAAUCUGCUUCUCCAAUAACCACCACUGUGCAAGUUGAUGCUAGCCGUCCUGCUGCAACACUGCCCGUUAGUACAGCCCCUCCUAAACAAGCUCCUGUUCAGACCACCACAACCACAACUGUCCAACUCACACCAGGCAAAGCCAAGACCACCCUUAGCAUCAGCGUAAGCAAACCCCAAACCAAGCUGUCUCCCCCUGUUGUCCCACCCAAACCUCAGAGUCCUAUGAAGAUAGUCCACCCCAUGACCAACAAACCUUCUUCUCCUGUACCGCAACCUCCCCCUGUCAUGGGGAAACCUAUUUCAUCUGUACCGAUGUACGGGCCAUCUGCGACCGCUCGUGUUACACCUCCCUCUCAGUCUAGCCCCGCUCUGACAACCAGCACCCCUUCAGUCACUCCUGUGAUCAUCUCUCCACCUGUGGUGGUGGUGCAGAGCUUGACACCAGUAGUGCAGGGGGGGGACAGUCGCAGUACCCCUUCUGGACGGGUUACCCCAUCAGGACGGGCCACACCUUUAGGACGCAGGACACCACUGGGGAGGCCUGGAGAAGGAUCUCUGCGCCAAGGAGUUCCCCAGAAACCUUAUACGUUCAUGGAUGAGAAAGCAAGGGGUCGUUUUGGUGUGAUCCGCGAGUGUCGGGAGAACGCCACAGGCAACCUCUUCAUGGCCAAGAUUGUUCCAUAUGAGGCAGACAACAAGCAAGCAGUGCUGCAGGAAUACGACAUCCUCAAGUCACUUCAUCAUGACAGGAUCAUGGCUCUGCAUGAAGCUUAUGUCACACCGCGCUACCUGGUUCUUAUCUCUGAGUACUGCAGUGGGAAAGAGCUGCUCUACAGCCUCAUAGACAGGUUCCGUUACUCGGAGGACGACGUGGUGACAUAUAUCACGCAGAUCUUCCAGGGGUUGGACUACCUCCACACUCGACGUAUUCUCCAUCUCGACAUCAAGCCAGAGAAUGUCAUUGUCACCUACAUGAACGUCAUCAAGAUCAUCGACUUUGGCAGCGCUCAGAGCUUCAACCCUCUGUUCCUCAAACAGUUCAGCCCUCCUAUUGGAACACUGGAGUACAUGUCUCCAGAGAUGUUGAAAGGGGAUGUGGUGGGGCCUCCAGCUGACAUCUGGAGCGUGGGCGUACUGACUUUCAUCAUGUUGAGUGGUAGGUCGCCUUUCGUGGAAAAUGAUCCUAAGCAGACUGAAAUCAGGAUCCAGGCGGCAAAGUUUGACCUCUCCAAACUGUACCAGAAUGUGUCCCAAAGUGCCUCUCUGUUUCUUAAAAAGAUCCUCUGUAGCUACCCUUGGGCCCGUCCCUCCAUUAAGGACUGCUUCAAUAACUCCUGGCUUCAAGAUGCCUACCUGAUGCGCCUUCGUAGGCAGACUCUCACCUUUACAACCACUUGUCUCAAGGAAUUUUUGGCCGACCAGCAACGCAGGCGCGAGGAGGGGGCCACCAAGCACAAAGUUCUCCUGCGGUCCUACCAGAGCUCGCCACAAACCCCUACCAGCCCCAUCAGGCCAAAUGUGGCAUUUGCACCCACAACGCCUGUCACGCAGUGAACACAGGCUUCCAAACAUCAGUUGGCAGGACUUAAAGAAGGGAGGAUCCACUGAGCAAACCAGACUUUUGGCCGCAAGGUGGAGUUGUCCUUUCAGGCCUGAGUUGUUGAACUUGGUUGGCAGAAGACAAAAAAAGUAAUGAGCAGUGGCUGUGAUCUACAGAGACAUUACUUCUUUUUCUUUCUGGAAAAGAAGAUAAAAAAAAAUACUUUCACAUCUGAGGGAACUCUUACACAGUUACAAGAGCCUGACUGCAUUUUUUAUAUGGUGGACGUUGUUCAUACUGUACAAGGCAGGAUGUUUAUCAUGAAGUUAAGGUUUGUAACUUUGGAUACAUUUUUGGAUGAAUUACUUCCUUUCUUACUGUCAACUCUACACUGAUUAGAGGGGACAUUGUAGUAAAACACCAUGAAAGGCAAGUUUUGAUGUUAGAAAACAUUGUUUCAUUUAAGAAAAGUACAAGUGAUUCAUGAGAUUCUAAAAUAAUGAAUGCUUAAUUAGCAUAAUUUCCAAACAAGGGGUGUUUAAACGAUUGAUGCCUUUGCCAUAACAACACUUCUACUAUCUCAGUCUAUCUCUUAUUCAAAUGUUUCCUGACCAGCCCAAUGACUAGAAUUUCAUUUUAUGAUGUCUAAUUCUGUGUAAAUCCUUGAUUAAGGAUGACCUACAAUGCUAAAUAUUGUUAUCCAUAAAAUCAAUCGAUAACUUUAGUGUAAUUUGUGCUACCUAAGUUUUUAUACUGCUGUAGCACCUCAGUGAUUGUCAAGAUUGUAGCAGUUUUAGAAAGGACUUCAUUUGGGGGUUUUAAAAUGUACAGUAUAUUGAGUUCAGACGAUAAAUCGGUGGAUUAUCUACAAGGGCUAUUAGAAUAGGACUCUUUAAUCGAGCGAAUUUCUCCCAUAAUGUUAUUAAAUAGAAUAGUAAUGAUUCUCUCAUUCUCAAAAGCAGAAUUUACUUUUUUAAUUUGUUAUAAGACCAUCAUCCUUGAGCUUCCAGCCAAAGUUAUGAUGUUAUGGACAGUAUUAAUGGCUCCAUACGGGACUGCCAGGCGUUGGCUCCUUCACCACAUGCUGUAUAAGCUAACAAUCGCCUCCUUGGCUAAACUCUUGCACUAAGCCCAGUGUUAAGAGUCCAGUUUAAUCUGUCAUGCAGAAAUAUUUACACUCAGCUCUUUAGUUUACCAAAGGUUUACAUGUUUGCUGAGUCAGUUUAUUCUUCGACUGUGCAUUCUGAAAUUACUGUACCAUCAGAUAUGAGAUCAGAACAUGACAUGUGAGAUUAUCAGGGGUUCAAUGGUAAAUUGAAUCACUUUAGAAACCCACUGGUGUUAUUAGGGUGCAUCUAAGUGCCCUUAAAGACUUAGCAUUAGUCAGCAUUAAAAAUAACCUCUAAAAUUGUUGAAAAAGGAUAUAGAUUAAGACAUUUCUGGGUGUAUUAGUUCUUAUUUUAGCUGCAGUUUUCAAUUGUUAACAGCUGCUUUGAAAAGAAAGGGUUUGCUUUAUUUGGUUUUUAUAAGUUACAGUUUUUAAAUAGCAGAACCUUUUAUAAAUAACACAAAGUGAGACUUGAAGUGAGAAAUGAAAUGGUGAAAAUUAGCAUUUUAUUUUACAGAAAGCAUUGGUUUAUUUCUGUUAGUCAUCCUCUUGGUUUCUAGACCAUACAAGCUUAAAAGACAGUACACACAGUGAUUGAAACAUAAAUGAAACAUAUAUUCACAUUGCAGCCCAAUCAUAAAUGUUAAAUUCUGAGACAAUCUACACAGCUCUAGUAAAUAUUAAAUUAAUUUGUAAAUAAAUAACACUUCCUCUUAUUCCAUGCUCUAUAUAGUCUUUGACAAAGAGAAUGCAAACUAGAGUAUACAUGCCUCCUAAACAUGUUCAUUCUCAAACCAUUACAACAUGGGCAGUAAACCAUAAAGUUAAUUUCAUUUUUCUCUCUAGUAUAAAUCCCAUAAGUCCCAUACAGAACAUAACUUGUGGUUUUCAGUGAUAAUAUUGAAUCUAUCAGUUAGUUUCAAUUGCCAAAGACUGAAACCAGGCACAAACUGGCAUCUGGCCCUUGGUUAGAUUGUCAAGUGGUGACAAGUGGUAUGAUUCAGCUGUAUACUGGUGUUAAAAAGUUAUAUUUGGACAUUACCAAUGUAUUACUAGAAUUUGUGAACCACUUACUCUAUUGGAUUGACAUUACAGUUAUAAUUUCCACCUCAAAGGUAUCACCUUUUGCCCCAAAUUAAUUGAAUUCAAGUCUUUUCCAUUGCACUGGUUUUUACGGCACAAUGAUUACAAUGAUGACUGUCCUCAUUAUUUUAAGGUAAUUAAAUGGCUUAAGUUGCAUUGUUUCUUUUACAUACCUUUGCCUUGCAAAGCCAAAUUUGAUUUUCAGAUCAAGUGAGAAAUAUUUGCACAGAUCUUGAUCACGUUGCUAUCAUAUGUGUUGAUCUGCACACUUGACACACAAAGUAUAAUUGCUGUGACAGCUGUGAUUAAUGUUAAAGACUGUGACAAGGAAACAGAAGCAAAGAGUGAUGAGUCUUUUAAGGUGAUAUCACAUAAAGCUGCAUCGUACAUUUAGCAAAAUCAUGAGUUGUUUUAAUUUGUCUAUUAACUAACAAAGGUUUCUGGUAAUUCUAUGAAAUGAUUUUACUGGUUCUAUAUAUUCUAAUGCUAUUGCUAGAUAAAUACUGCCCUUUUUUGCAGCUCUUUGUCUUUUUGGCUCAGUCAUUUUCCUAUGCAGAGUAGAAGUUAAUCACAGAGCUGUUAAAGUUGUUUUAAACCUCAAUGAAAACAUGCAAGAUCAGCACCAGAAUGCAAUGCUGCAUUUAAGUCUAAACUGAUCUGUGCAAUAUAUUGAUUGUGUUCUGUCAUAUGUAAUGAAAUGACAACUAUUUGUAAGCAGACAACAGGGUUUUCAAAAACAUGAUAAAUGCUCCACAUUUUGUAUUAAAUCCUACACUGUAUUUUGUGGAAUGUGUUGCAGUGCCUCGUGAUGGAUAUUAGACCCACAGAGAAAAUAGUUUGUUAAAAUAAUGACUAGUUCUAUAUUUUGACUAUAUGAAUGUGACUGCUUUGUGUGUGUUGCGCAUUUGUUUAUUUAUUGAGUGACUGUAUUUGUUAUAGCCUCUGCUUUUUAUUUUGUGAAUUUUUUGGAUCUGGCAUGGAAAAGGCAUGACAGCUGUUAAGGCUAUGCAAUAAAGGAAAUAUGACAAAAUA